CACCUAUUCACUUGUCCUGAGUACCCCCCAUCGUCUUCUAACUCCCAAUUCAAGCUCCCGCAUUUCAUCGCAUAUGCCCUCCACCGCACGAAGUUGCACUCAUCUGUGACCUUCGCUGCUCUCAUCCUUCUCCAGCGAUUUAAAGCACGCUUCCCCACUGCUCGGGGAUCUUCGGACCACACACAAUUUGUAUUUCGCACGCGAAUCAGGCUCAAGAAAACCCAUUCCAGCUCGAGCACAAUCAACGGGUGCACCUGCUUGGACCCAAAGUCCCCUUGA